CCCGCACCGAUUGAUGGGUAAAUGCGCCUGAACUAUUCUCGACCCUGAUUUAUCGGAACCGUCCGUUGAAUCUCAUUAUCACCAUGGCCGGCCCCCAACGGCCUACGUCUGGCCUGCCGACCAGGAGAACCACCACCACCCGCAGCCAGCCCACAACCCGGAGAUUCGGCUCUGCGGUCGGAGAGAAGCCGCCUUCCAAGUCACCGGCCAUUCCGACCAGGGCGUCGACGGCGACGUCGCGCGCGCUUAAAUCUCCUGGCGAACCGACCAGCAUUACUGCGAAAAAGAGGGAGAGGGACUACGAGCGCGAGAUCAACGAGGAUACUAGCAUCCAUGUGGUCGUGCGAUGUCGAGGUCGCAAUGACCGCGAACUCAAGGAAAACAGCGGAGUCGUCGUGUCGACAGAAGGAGUGAAGUGCAAGAACGUGGAGCUGUCAAUGGGCCCGAAUGCCCUGUCGGACAAGACAUAUACGUUCGACAAGGUUUUUUCCGCGGCUGCCGACCAGGUGACGGUGUAUGAGGAUAUUGUCCUUCCUAUUGUCAACGAGAUGCUGGCUGGAUACAACUGCACAAUUUUCGCAUACGGACAAACAGGCACUGGAAAAACGUACACCAUGUCCGGAGACAUGACCGACACAUUAGGCAUUCUAUCCGAUCACGCUGGUAUCAUCCCGCGCGUGUUUUACUCGUUAUUCAACAAGCUCGAAGAAACCGAGAGCACCGUCAAGUGUUCGUUUAUCGAAUUGUACAACGAAGAGCUCCGCGACCUGCUCUCCGCCGAGGAAAACCCGAAGUUGAAAAUCUUUGAAAAUGAGACGAAGAAAGGUCAAAACAGCAGCACGCUCGUGCAAGGAAUGGAGGAAACAUUUAUCCACUCGGCGACUUCGGGUAUUGAGUUGCUGCAACUAGGUAGUCAUAAGCGCCAGGUGGCAGCGACCAAGUGCAAUGACUUGAGUUCCCGGAGUCACACGGUAUUUACCAUCACUGUUCAGACCAAGCGAACGUCGGAAUCGGGCGAGGAGUACAUCAGCUCAGGAAAGCUCAAUUUGGUCGAUCUUGCCGGAAGCGAGAACAUUCAGCGCAGCGGCGCAGAAAACAAACGGGCAGCGGAAGCUGGAUUGAUCAACAAGAGUCUGCUCACGCUUGGUCGCGUGAUCAACGCCUUGGUCGAUAAAAGUCCUCAUAUCCCAUACAGGGAGUCGAAACUCACUCGAUUGCUGCAGGAUUCUCUUGGAGGACGCACAAAAACGUGUAUCAUUGCCACUGUCUCCCCAUCCCGAAGUAACUUGGAGGAAACGAUCUCGACACUCGACUACGCUUUCAGGGCGAAGAAUAUCCGCAACAAGCCGCAGAUCAACUACAUGUCGAAAAAGACUCUCUUGCGCGAAUUCACGCUGGAAAUCGAGAAGCUGAAAGGAGAGCUGAUUGCGACAAGACACCGCAACGGAGUGUACAUGACCGUCGACGCAUACGAGAACCUGACCAUGGAAAACGAUUCGCGACGCAUCGUGAACGAAGAGCAGCGCGCAAAGAUUGAAUCUAUGGAAGCAAACCUUCGCCACAAGGUCCAGGAACUGUUUACCUUGACCAGCAAUUUCAACAACCUGAAGAAGGACAACGAGGAGACUCGCGUUUCACUUCAAGAAACGGAGGACGUCCUAGACAAGACCGAGAUCGUUCUGAAGGAUACCAAAACCCUGCUCGAGGAGGAGGAAAUGCUGCGAAAGGCGCACCAGGAAACGGAGGAGCAACUCUACGAUGCCGGCACGGGUUUGCUGUCGACAUUGGAUAGUACCGUCGGGGACGUGGACGGGCUGCAUGCAAAGAUCCAACGGAAGGCGGACUUGGAAAAUGCCAAUAUGGCAACAUGGCAAACCUCAACGUCUGAAGUAUCGGAUGUUACUCAGAAAGUUGAUAUGAGUGUCCAGAACUUCCAAUCUCAACAUUCCGAGCUUCUGAAAACCAUGGCAGAGAAGAUCAACGGCUUCGUGGCCGACGAGCUGAGCAACAUUCAACAAAACCAAUCCGAACUGCUGCAGCGCACAUCCUCAUUCGAAAAGGCGGAAGAAGAGGCAAGGUCUCAGACCCAUGGCGCACAUGACGAAAUGAACGAAGUUUUGGAAGAAAUCAAGGACCUGCGAGAAGAGGUCAAGUCGAAGGUCGGCGAGGGUCUGAACGGUCUUUCAGCUGCGGCCGCUCGCAUCUCCAAAGAGGUCAUCGGCGAAUUCACCGACUUCCAUGCUCAACUGCAUGGGUCCUACAGUACUCUGGGCCAGGAGUUCAAGGCCAUGUUCGAGAACAUGGUGGGACACCUGAAUGGGCAAAAGACGGAAAUCAACCGGUUGAGACUUGAGAUCCAAGAAGCCAACCUCAGAACGGUCGAGGCGAAUCGCCGAGCCUCGUCUCAACUCGCGCACACCUUGGAGGAAGAACAAGCCACUGCGGAGGCGGAGCGAGACGUGUUGCUAUCGCAAAUCAAGACCCUCAUCGAGGAUUCGCGGCAACGGCAACAGGGUCGCUUGAAGGGCAAGGUGGAAGAUGUACGAAAAGAGAUUUCUUCUUCUGGCGACACUUUGGAGCAUACGACAGCGCAUUACGAUCGACAGGUCGACGAGUGGGUGUUCAAAUCGGAGCAAUUUGCCAAGGACGUGAACGCUUCCCGGGACGAGAUCAAGACGAAGAUGCAGAAUGAUUGGGAGGUGUUCGACCAACGGAAUAUUUCCAUCCAAAAAGCGACCGAGUCGGUGCACGAGGAAACCGUGCGCAUUGUUGAUGCUCAGAUGAACAACAUGGAUAAGCAGAUGGAAGCCCUGGACGACUUCGUGGACAAGGCCCGGUCUCAGAACGGCCAGUUUCGCGAUGCACACAUCACCAGUCUGGAGAACAUGGCGUCCAACGUCCACGACUCAUACUCGUCGAUGCACGACCAGAUAUCCGGCCUUGGUGACCGUGUCAACCAGCUCCAGGAGGAUGCGACGCAGCAGCAUCUCGACCUUGAAGAAUCCACCGCUCCCUUGUCAGAGGAAGUCCGCAGACCCCUGCAGACACUGCGCGCCAACAUCCUCCAGCGCCCGCUCGAGGAUUACGUCCCUACUGGUGUUACUCCCCAGAAGCGGCAGUACGAAUAUCCCUCGGUGCUGCCUCGCACCGAGGCACACGAUACUCUGAGAUCCCGGAUGAGAAUGGCAACCGACCUGACCGUGCUCCCGUUUAACGGCGAGGAGCCGCUGUCUCCGGACGUCUCCACUGGAAUUUCGUCUUCCAAAGGCUUCGUUUACAACGACGCCGCGGACGAGGUAGGGACUCAGCCACCUCCCACAACCGUGACUCCUUCCAACACCGGCCUUAGGGAAGUCGAUGCAAACGUCGCCGUGAAACCACGCGUGUCUAGUAUCGACGAGAACUCGCCCAGCGACCCGCCGUCCGGGAAACGGAAGUCGUCCUCCAUGGCUGACAGCUCGGACAUCGACGACCUGGACGACCAGCCGACGAAACGGCGCCGCUCGAGCCAUGCCCCCACUGAGGCUAAGCUCCCGCAUAAAAUGCUUUCUAAGAAAAUGGCCGGCAUGAUGGAGGGGAGAGAGAAUGUCCCUCCGGCGGGCAUUUCGGGCAGUCGACGCCUCCGAGGCAGCCCGUCUACCUGAGCGUCACCGCUUGUUCUUGUUCGUUAUUUCUCUUACAUAUACCCGAUAUGUCAUUCUCGGCACUUCAUGGGCGUUCCAUACGAGAUCGGAGUUCGAAGCGUUCCAGUCGCUUGAGGUUUUGUUUCAUUUCCCUGGCUUGGGUCUGAUUCUGAUACUGCCGAUUGUCUUGGUGCUUGGAGUUUUGUUUGAUUUGCUUUUGUCCCGGGACCCAUUAAGAUACCUGGUUUUGUUUUAUCGUUUUAGAAUCGUCUACUUUUGGGGUUAAGGAAACUUCGGAUUUGUUGGCUUGUUUAUUC